GACUCAACUAAAUUACCUGUCAUAAUCUCCAAUGCUUCCAUCCCUCAGCGUGAAAUGGGGAAAUCAAACUUUUCUACGAACAACAGUCAACAGCACAAAACUACCCAACUCUCUGUCUCAAAUUCAGCAGCUACCAAUCACUCAUCGGAACAGCCGCUCCGGUCCAAAGAGCACUGGACUUUGAUCGGCGACCAUGGCCGGAGUCAUCAACGUCUCCCAGUUUCCAAUCCUCCGAACAUUUUCCCGCCGCAGCAGUGUACCUGCCGGAAUCAGGACCUCCAUUCCGGCAACCAGGGCCUCCUCGUCGGAGAUACCUCCGAGCUCUGGCGCCACGACGGCAGCCACUAGAGGAGAAGAACAAGAAGCAGCGCCCUCAUUUGCUGCCCCAGCCGGUUUCAAGACGCCGGAGCCAAAGAGGUUUGCUAUCCGACCAGACAAGGGUUUGGAUGUUGCCGGAGCGGCUCUCGCCCUCUUUUUCCGCCUCGGCACUGGUGUCUUCCUCAAUGGCUACUCAGUGUCUUUCGUGUCCAAAGACGAGAUUCCUGCUGAUCAAUAUGCACUAGAACUAGCAGGUUACAAAGUGAAAGAGACCUCAAAGCUAGGACCUCGUCCGGAGCAGCCAAUCAUGAUAUAUGAGUUUGAAAGGAAUCGAGAUACUGAAUGCUUGUACUUCUUUUAUCCAUGUUCGAACGGUGGCAACCAACCUGCAAAUCUUCAGCUGUCCUUUCUGUCGAAAGGUAUUGUGGUUCUUAAUACUGUUAGGGAAAUUGUUGCUGUCUUGGAUCUUGAUGUCCUAUUUUACCCCUGCCCAAGGAAUGGUCCCAAUUUUCGCCCCAAGGCUGUUGAGUUAGGGGGCAAGCAGCAAUUCCCCUACAUGGUUGAUCCAAAUACUGGAGUUUCAAUGUACGAGUCAGAUGCGAUUAUCAAGUAUCUGGUUGAUAAAUAUGGUGAUGGACGAGUUCCUCUGAUGUUGUCGCUUGGUCUUCUAACGACUUUGACUGCAGGCUUUGCUAUGAUUGGUCGUAUGGGAAGGGGACAAUCAUAUAUUCCAUCCAAAUUGCCUCCGAAACCUCUAGAGUUAUGGGCGUAUGAGGGUUCUCCAUUCUGUAAGCUUGUCCGUGAAGUUCUCGUAGAGUUGGAAUUGCCACAUAUAUAUCGAAGUUGUGCCCGUGGCAGCCCAAAACGGCAGAUACUAUAUGCAAAAACUGGACAUUUUCAGGCACCUUAUCUUGAAGACCCUAACACAGGUGUACAGAUGUUUGAGAGUGCAGAAAUCAUUGAGUAUCUAACAGCGACUUAUGCUGCAUAAAACAACCAAACUUCCCCAUGGGAAUACCUUACUUUCCAGAGCAGCCUGCUUUGCUUCACCCCAUCCUCCUGCUUUUACUAUGUACAAAUUCAUAUAGUUAUUCACUAGAAAAUGCAUUGUUAAAAAAUUGCUCUGUAGCCUUGCUUGCUGCAAUAGAAUGAAGGAAGAGGUUGAUGUUCAGGACUAUGCAAACUCCGUUGUACUAUACUGAAGGUAGAAAGAUUGUGAUGGAGCAUUGACAUUGAAUUCAAAACCGCAAAAUGGCUGAUAGGGAAGAAGUUUGGGGAGUGACUGCAGCCAUAGUGAUGACGACCAAUUCUGAAACCACCACAAACGACCCCAAACAGGCAGACUAAUAGAAUGCUGAUAUUAAGUUGACCUGAUCCCACCAAAGAGCAGUAACCCAAAUAUACAUUUGCGGGUCUCGAAUUUAAGGCUGCAGGCUUCGUGCAAGGGUUGCUGUUUGUCCAUUUGCAUGAAGAGUUUUGGGGUUAAGGAUCCCGACUGUUUUGGCUAACUAGCAAUCUGUAACCCAUGUUUCAUACGGGUAGCACGGCUGUUGAAUGGUCUGAUGACUCUGAUCUGCCUACAAAAGUAAAAGGAGAAGAAGAUAGAUUUGUGUUGCCGAACAAACCCAUUUCGGAAAGAGUAGUGCUGUGGUCCUCUCCAUCCAUAGUGCGGAGGUCAGGACAGGAGGGCAUAAUUCAAAGCUUACCCACAUAAUAUGCGGAAUCUGCUAAUAAUAUACUAUCGCGAACGUUCUGAAGCAGAGAAAUAAAGAGU